UAUUUCCCCUGUUUACUUCUUUAAACUGUAUUAAAACUCCAUAAAUUUCUUGUUUUCUUUUUCUGCUACUCAAUCAAAUUUAUAUAACUUGAUUCAACAGCAAUAAUAAGUUAUAUAAAUGAUAUAAUUUAGAGAGUUAACGGGGUGGUUUUUAAUUAUUGGUACUAUCAAGGACAUCACCCACAGUUUUUUCCUGUGGCUUUUAUUUCACUAAUAAUCUCCAUGGAUAAACAUCAUUCUCAGCUGGCGCUUGCCAAGUGUUCGCGGCACCAGAGAUAUAAUGAAUGGGUGUUUCGAGACGUUCCCAGUGAUAUAAUGAUAGUAGUAGAUGGUGGUACAUUUUCAUUGCAUAAGUUUCCUCUUGUAUCGAGGAGUGGGAGAAUUCGGAAGCUUGUAGCAGGGCAUAGGGAUUCUGACAUAUCGAUGAUUGAACUACUUAGUCUACCAGGUGGAGCUGAAUCAUUUGAGUUAGCAGCUAAAUUUUGCUAUGGUGUUAACUUUGAGAUUACAGCUGCAAAUGUUGCUCAGCUUUAUUGUGUAUCUGAUUAUCUUGAGAUGACCGAGGAGUAUUCGAAAAAUAACCUUGGUUCCCGAGCUGAAGAGUAUCUCGAGGUUGUUGUAAGCAAGAAUCUUGAAAUGUGUGUUGAAGUCCUUAAACAAUGUGAAAACCUGCUCCCUUUGGCUGAUGAGCUGAAAAUAGUUAUCCGAUGCAUUGAUGCUAUAGCCUCUAAAGCUUGUGUGGAGCAGAUUGCUUCAAGCUUCUCGCGCUUGGAAUAUAGUAGUUCUGGUAGACUCCAUAUGAACCGCCAAACCAAGUGUGAAGGAGACUGGUGGAUAGAGGAUUUGUCAGUUCUUCGUAUUGACUUGUACCAACGAGUCAUAACAGCUAUGAAAUGUCGUGGUGUUAGGCCUGAAAGUAUUGCAGCUUCACUAGUUAACUAUGCUCAGAAGGAGCUGACAAAGAAGGCCACUUCCUGGAAUCAGUCGAACCAACCCAAAGUUGAUGUGGUUUCAGGUUCAAAUGACCAUGAAAAAGUUGUGGUCGAGACGAUUGUUAGCCUUAUGCCUGUUGAGAAAUUGGUUGUUCCCAUAACCUUUCUUUUUGGGCUGCUGAGAAGUGCUGUGAUGCUUGAUUGCACAGUUGCUUGUAGACUUGAUCUUGAGAGGCGGAUAGGAUCUCAAUUAGACAUAGCUACUCUCGAUGAUCUUCUCAUUCCUUCUUUUCAUAAUGCCGGUGACACAUUAUUUGAUGUUGACACAGUGCAUAGAAUCUUGGUUAGUUUUUCUCAACAGGAGGAUAGUGAUGAAGAUAUGGACGAUGUCUCAGUGUUUGAGUCUGAUAGCCCUACUUCGCCAUCCCAAACUGCAUUAUUCAAAGUCGCAAAACUGGUGGACAAUUACCUAGCUGAAAUUGCACCUGAUGCAAACCUAAAGCUGAACAAGUUCAUAGCAAUUGCUGAAAGCUUACCAGCACAUGCUCGUACCAUCCAUGAUGGACUUUAUCGAGCAAUCGAUGUCUACCUCAAAGCUCAUCAGGCCUUAUCAGAUCCAGACAGGAGGAGACUAUGCAAGCUGAUUGAUUUUCAGAAACUCUCACAAGAAUCUGGAGCACACGCGGCACAAAAUGAACGCCUCCCACUCCAAUCAAUUGUGCAGGUUCUUUACUUUGAGCAAAUGAGGCUUCGAAAUGCCUUAUUUUGUUCUUAUCCUGAUGAUGAUCAUAAACCAAUGCAACAAUCGUGGAGGCUAAAUAGUGGUGCUGUAAGUGCAGCAAUGUCUCCCAGGGAUAAUUAUGCUUCUCUAAGACGAGAAAAUAGGGAACUAAAACUUGAACUAGCACGAAUGAGGAUGAGAUUGAAUGACCUGGAGAAAGAUCAUGUUUGUAUGAAGAAAAAUAUGGAAAAAUCCAACUCGCGGAGAUUCAUGAGUACAUUCACGAAAAAGAUUGGGAGGUUGAACAUCUUUGGACAUAGUUCUUCCAGGGAGUCUAGUUCCCCCUCAAAGAGGUCACAAGUUACUGAUUCUAAGCUAACUGAAAGAACAUGACAGACAAACUUCCUGUUACAUAAAGUUACUUGGAUAGGCUUUGAUUGCUCCUAGUGCAAAUAGUACUUGUAAUUUCUGUUCUCUAUUUUUCUGUCCUCAGAUGUUGUAUAUGAACUUUAGAAAUAUGCUUUAGCAAGUCCAAUUUUCAUUUUCCAUUCAAGUAACGUAAAUUUUGAGUUUUCAUAAAUCUGAUCUCAACAGAAGGAUGUUUAAGUUAUA